AUGCACGUGGGAGCGGAGCCCGAGCAGCGACAGGUCAGCGUCCCACUGCUAAUGAGCGGGCAGGGCUGGCACCCGAUGCUCGCGUGUCUGAUUAUCAAGCCCCGUCUCACCCCACCCCACAGCUGGCGCAGGAAACCCCUAAAGGAAAGAGGCAUCGAAUUCCCAGGCCUGAGGCCAGGAACAUAUAAGAAAAAUCACCCCAGAGAUCCUCUUGCUGAAGAAUUAACUAGACCAGACAAAGCCAGCCCUUCUCCUUGUGGGAGAGCCCAUGUGCCUUUCAUCGGUCUUUCAUCCCCCAGAGUUCCCCUGAUGACCCCGAGACACAAUCCCUGGGCCUCCAGGCCUUUGAGUCACUCAUCAGGAGACAGCUUGACCAGCCAGGACCCCAAACAGUGCCUGCAGACCAAGGCAAGGUGCGGGGGGGCCCUUAUUUCCUCAAGGAUAGUCAGGUUCACUGCUAGCCCCGGAGGCCUCCUUGGGUCAGUUAAGAAGAGGGGGUCCUUCCUCCAGGUGGACACAGCCCCACAGCCAAGAGCACCCGGCUUGGUCAACAGACGGCUGCUGGAUUUCAGCAGCGGCCCGGUGCCUUCCAACCUGGAGACCCUAGUGAUGGCCGUUUCGGGCGGGUACCAUACGUGGCCCGAAGACUUACAUCGGACCGGCCGGCUCAGUCUGAGCACUGCGUCUGGGGCUGCCGUGGCCUUACUGGACCUCUCCGAGCCUCAGUUCCCCACACGGAAAGUGAGAGGUGUGCCAGAGGCUGUUCCAGUUGAUGCCUCGGCCCCCAGCCUUUGCCCUCCCGCUAUGAUCCUGCUUCUUCUCCUAAGUAUGCUGACGGCCCCACAUGGCGGGGGCCAUCCUCUGGACACCCCACACCUUCCACGGGAGCUGCCUCCGGGACUCACAAAAAAUAUUAAUAUCACAUCCUUCCCUGGGGUGUUUAAAAAUGUGGAAAGUGUGGCCGACAUUUUUGACUGCCUGGGCUCCCACUUCACCUGGCUACAAGCUGUCUUCACCAACUUCCCUGCGCUGCUCCAAUUCGUGAGUGGUAUGAAGUGUGUGGCCAGUCUCUGCCCCCGGGACUUCGAGGACUAUGGCUGUGCCUGCAGGUUUGAGAUGGAGGGGCCGCCUGUGGACGAGUCUGACAGCUGCUGCUUCCAGCACCGCAGGUGCUAUGAAGAGGCCGCUGAGAUGGACUGUCUCCAAGACCCUGCCAAGCUCAGCACAGAUGUCAACUGCGUCAGCAAGAGGAUCACAUGUGAGUCCGGGGACCCUUGUGAGUACCUGCUGUGUACCUGCAACAAGGCUGCCAUAGAAUGCUUGGCUCAGUCCAGGAUCAACUCUUCCCUGAACCAUCUGGACACUUCCUUCUGUCUGGCUCAGCCUCCAGAGACAACCAGCACAGAAGAGCUGACGACGCUUCUGCCCAGAGUGGUCCCCAUGGAGCCCACAGACACCAGUGCAAUGGCCCUUUCAGGAGAAGAAGCGGUCCAAGACCAGAAAGGCACGGAAGCCACUAGGACCACAUCCUCUUCAGGAUCUGCAGAGAUUGCUGUCUCGACAAAAGGAGAAACCAUGGGCCCCGCUGGUUUAAAAUCUUUGGGCUUAACUGCGUCAUCCAUCAAAAAUGGCCUGGAGGAGACAACUGGAAAAGCCUGUGACAGGUUGACCUUCUUGUACCUGGGAAGCAGGGACAAUGCGUGGGUGAUGCCUCAGCUCGGAGAGAUGCUCUUCUGCCUGACAUCCCGAUGCCCAGAAGAAUUCGAAUCUUAUGGCUGUUACUGUGGGCAAGAAGGACGAGGCGAGCCAAGGGAUGCCCUGGACAGGUGCUGUUUUUCCCACCACUGCUGCCUGGAGCAGGUGAGGCAACUGGGCUGCCUGCUUGAGAGGCUUCCUCGGUCACCAGUGGAAUGUGCGGACGGUACAGCCAAGUGUGUGGGGCAGAGCCUGUGUGCGAAGCUGCUUUGUGCCUGUGACCAGAUGGUGGCCGCGUGCGUGGCCUCUGCCUUCUUCAACCAAAGCCUCAAGUCAUCGGGCACGCACGAGUGCAAGGGCCAGCAGCUGCCCUGCGAGGACAGCGUGCCCGGGGGCCCUGCGGCUUCCUCCCCUGGCUCCAGCUCUGAGGAGGACAGCGAGGAGGCCAUGCCCCGCACAGAGGGCCCCAGAAGAACCAGAAGAUUUUUGGGGAGGUCACUUGGUCCUGUGGGGACCAGGCGACAACAUGGCCCCAGAGAGACCCCUGCAGAAAGCCACAAGCGCCGCCCCCAAUAG